UAGAAGAAAACGCACUAUUUUUAAAUGGAGAAAAUUGUGAUGUAUUUCUUGUUCUUCUAAGUAUGAUUGUUUUAUCGAUCGUGAUCUGCUUGGUGCACACCUCAACCGCUCUAGCAGAACACAACCAUGUUAACAGAAGAUUACACAACGACGAUCUGGAGCCCCAAGACGAGCCCGAAGGGGAGCCGGACGAAGAGAGCUCCACAUUUGGCGUGGAAAUAGCGCUCUACUCCUGCCUCAUCAUCCUGGCCAGCGUCGGCAUCUUCUGCACCUUCCGCAAGCCCAAACCCCCGCCCCCGCAGGAGCGGCGCGUCAGCAAGGAGCCCACGCCGGAACAGAGCAACGCCGGGACUAUCCCCAACCUAGAGGCUAUGGACGAGGCCCAAAAAACGGAAGGUUCUGUAGUUGGAGACGAUAAGAAAUCUAAAUCGGGGUCUGGCAACAGUGGCAACAGUGGCAACACUGCCGUGUCCGCGCCUUCCGGAGCGUCGACUAUAUCGAAAAUUUCCAGAGUCGAUGAGGAGCCAAGCGACUCGGCGUCGUACGUGUCCGAUACGUCCUCCGUGUCGCAAGCUUCCCGCCCAACAAAAGCGUCGAGUUGAUUGGCGCAUGCGCACUGCCCUUUCUCGCAGCAGAGACUGAUCGUGUGGACGGCAGCUACGUUGAAUUAUAGUGAACUGUUAUGGGGUUAGGCGUACCUGUAUGAGUGAAUAGAACUACUGGUGAAUGUGGACUUUGAUGAGCUGACGUUUUAUUUAUAAGCUGUGCUAUCAUGUUUUGUAUAGAGUUACUCAUUAUUGAUUUAUAUAAUUUAAACCUAGAACACAUGCAUUGAUAUACAUUACAUGGUACGUUGUUUUUAUUAAACAACACAAACAUAUAAUUAUUCUUAUAUAGAU